UGAAGGCAGGUAGGUAGUGCCAGUCCCAGGAGGAGGAGGAGGCACCUGUAGAGAAGAACAGGAUCCUGCAGUCCCUCAGAGGGCUGCGCCUUUCAUCACCUGGACAGACCCGUGUGCCCGACACUCCUCUUCCACCCUGUGGCCCCUGGAAGCCUUUUGCAGGAGCCAGAACUAUGGAGGGCCUGGUCAUUGAACAGGGCGAAGCAGGGGAUAGAAUGCUGGCGCAGAAGGAUGUCCUCAGGCCGUUCCCCAGAACGCGGAAGACGAUGAAAGCGUUCCUCCUGGGAUUGAAAAGAAUCCUUUUCCGUGUCGGUGAUGACUGGUAUUUCCUCUUUGCUCUUGGGGUCAUCAUGGCUCUGAUCAGCUUCACCAUGGACUUCACCGUCUCCAGAAUGCUGAAUGCUCAUCGGUGGCUCCAGCAGGAACUGGGGGACAACACUCUGCUCAGAUACCUGUCCUGGAUUGUCUACCCCAUCGCCCUGAUCGCCUUCUCCACCGGCUUUGCUCAGAGUAUCACCCCACACUCUGGAGGCUCAGGAAUCCCGGAACUGAAGACGAUCCUCACGGGCGUCAUCCUGGAGGAAUAUCUAACCAUCAAGAACUUUGGGGCCAAGGUGGUGGGUCUGACCUGUACCCUGUCCGCUGGCAGCACCAUGUUCCUGGGCAAAGUGGGUCCUUUUGUCCAUUUGUCCAGCAUGAUCGCAGCCUACCUGGGGCGGAUGAGGACCUCUGUCACCGGACACUACGAGAACAAGCAUAAGGAACAUGAGAUGCUGGUGGCGGCCGCUGCUGUUGGUGUCUCCACUGUGUUUGGUGCACCGAUUAGCGGGGUGCUCUUCAGCGUGGAGGUGAUGUCAUCACAUUUCGCCGUGCGGAAUUACUGGCGCGGAUUCUUCGCUGCCACUUGUGGAGCGUUUAUGUUCCGUCUUUUGGCUGUGUUCAACAGCGAGCAGGAGACAAUCUCAGCCAUCUUCAAAACCAACUUUAAGAUCACCUUCCCCUUUGACCUCCCAGAGACGUUUUUCUACAUGAUCCUGGGGGUGAUCUGCGGGGUGAUAAGCUGUGCCUACCUGUUCUGCCAGCGCUGGCUCCUGGGAUACGUAAAAAGAAAUCCUUUUACCACCAAGUUACUGGCGAAUGAUAAACCCGUGUACUCGGCACUGUUGGCGCUCCUCAUUGCAACUAUAACGUUUCCAGAAUUCCUUGGACAGUACCUGGCAUCACGGCUCACCAUGAAGGAGCUUCUCGUCUCCCUCUUUGAUAACCGCACGUGGUGGACACUUGCCCAGAACAUGUCAGAACUGCGCCCCACAGAAGUGGACCCCAAAAAUCUGUGGAUGGAAUGGACGAACCCACAGAUCUCCAUCUUCGGCACUCUGGCGUUUUUCAUCAUCAUGAAGUUCUGGAUGUUCACCCUCGCCACCACCUUGCCCUUACCCGCCGGGUACUUUAUGCCCGUCUUCAUAUACGGAGCCGCCAUUGGGCGACUGGUGGGAGAGACCGUGGCGUAUAUAUUCCCAGAUGGUAUUACCUCUGAUGGCGUAGUUAACCCCAUCAUUCCUGGAGGAUAUGCUCUGGCAGGGGCAGCGGCCUAUUCGGGGGCAGUGACGCACACCCUUUCUACGGCGCUGCUCGCCUUUGAAGCCACGGGUCAGAUAGCGCACAUCCUUCCGGUGAUCCUGUCGGUGCUGAUCGCCAACGCCAUUGCCCAGAAAUUCCAGCCGUCCUUCUACGAUGGCACCAUCAUCGUGAAGAAGCUGCCGUACCUGCCGCGGAUCCGCAGCCGCCAGAUAAACUCCUACAAGGUGAACGCCAAGGAGUUCAUGAAGACGGACAUCGAGGUGCUCCCACGCGACGCCAGCUUCGACCAUGUUCUCCAGAUCAUUACGUCCUCGGACGACAAGGAGUUCCCAGUGGUGGACAACGCAGACGCUCGGGUCUUGGUCGGCUCGGUGAAGAGAAGUCAACUGAUCAGUUUCCUGGAGACGCACGAGUCCAACCGGCAGCCGACGAGCCCGGAGCAUAAGGCUCUGUGCGAUGGAACCCUUAGUGACGAAUGCAGCUUCGAUCCGGUCACGUUCCAGCUGUCGUCGUCGACGUCCUUACAUGAGGCUCAUCACCUGUUUGAGCUCCUCAAUCUUCAGCAAGCCUUUGUGACAGAAUUUGGGAAGAUUGUCGGCUCUGUCACCCGGAAUGAGAUGAGGAAAGCGAUUGAGAACCUUGCAAACCCAAAAUGAAGCAGAUGGAGGUCAGAAAAAGGACGCCCC